AUGAUCAGUGCAUUGCCGGAUGAUCUCUUAGUUAGUAUAGUGUCUUUGAUGCCCCUAAAGGAAGCUGCAGCUACUAGUGUUCUAUCUACUCGAUGGCGCCAUAUCUGGACAUUUGUUACCACUCUCGAUUUUCAGCAUGAUAUUCUUUUUCAACUGCGUUCAUACAAACGAGUAAGAAUAGAGUCCGAACUUGAUAGUUGUUGCUUGAAGUACCUCAAAGCUCUAGAUUUCAGGUCUGUUACAGGACUUAUGGGACACGUUCUUGAGCGUUUCUUGUCUCAUUGCCCACUUCUUGAGCGAUUAACAGUGGUUCGUGCUUUAAGGAUGGAUACUUUUAGAGUUAUCGGUCCGUCCUUUGAAUUGGAAAGGACCAUUUCGGAAUAUUAUGAGAUAUUAAUGGAGCCUUGGCGUCAUAAGAGAGAAGUGGAGAUUAAGCAAGCUCCCAAAUACUCACAUCAUUUCCUUAGGGUAGUGGAAGUUGCAGAGUAUCAUGGUCGUAUCGGUGAUUUAAAACUUGUCAGGUACGUGAUAGAGAAUGCUGUUGAACUUAAAGAACUUGUUGCCCAUCCUGUUCGAGAGUGGUAUUCUCGUGAGAACAUCAUGUUUAAUAUGGGUAACAGAGAUGGAGUGAAGAGGAAAGAAAAGUUGGUAAGAAAACAAGCUAUUCAGAAGCUUAGAGAACUGGUGCCCUCUACUGUAGAGUUGAUAUGCAGGCUGGAGCAACCGCUUUCAUUAUCAGCGACUGCCAUUGAAUCCGUUAAAAGGCCAAUGGGACUAUUAUUUUCAAGAGACUUGUCUUCACAUUUACCCCUUUCCAGAAUAUGGAAUUGUCAGGAAUAUUACUCUACUUGA